CACCCGAACGACUUCGGGGAGAACGCCUCCGGGAUUACUGGGGUCUCCUCCGGGGCAUCCGCGCCAGAGCGCCCGGCUGUGCGCGCCCCUGCGCCGUGGCCUCAGCUGCCCGGGCCGCGCCGGAGCGAAGGACCGACCGGCGCGCAGAGCCUCUGCCCGGGAGCCCAGCCUCGGCGCUGCGAUGCCGAUCCCCUCCUGCGGGGGCUCCGAGGCUAGGGGUGCACCGGCCGGCGUGUGAUCGGACCCCUGACCGGCCGCAGACGGCACAGCAGCUCGGCCCGGGGGCGAGGAGAGCGCGACCACCCACCCGACUCUGCUGAACUCGCCGGAGGAGAAUGCGCCCGAGAACGACGGGGCGCCCGAGCCGCGGGGGUUCCAGCCGGCUAGCGCGGAUGGGGGUGCUCUGGAGUCAGGCAGAGUGAUGUGGGGGGGCAGCAGCUCGCCUGGCACCCAGAUCGCCGCUGCGCCCUCGCCCGGACCCCCCGUCGCCCAGGAUGGCUGCUCCGAACCAUGGGCCGCGGCGGAGCUAGCGCCGAGCGCCCUGCCUUCGUCCCCCGAGUCCCGGAGCCGCUCCCGUGCGGGGCCACGCGUCCCGCGGGCGCUGGGUCCUGAGGACGACGACAGCACCAACUUUUCCUUUUUCCACUGCCUCCCCGGCCCCGCACUCCUCCCCCUGCUCGCUGUUGUUGUGUGUCAGCACUUGGCUGGAGACUUCUUGAACUUGCAGGGAGAGUGACUUGGGCUCCCCACUUGGUGCCGGUGCCUUGGCCCCGGUGGACCUGAGCCGCACCGCCCCCGAACCCCGUCCCCCCACUCUUCUGGGCCCGACCCCUGUACGCCGUUCCCCGCCAGAGGAGAGGAACUGCCCGGCCGGCACCCGGGAGAAGAGGAGGAGGAGGAGGAGGCAAAGGAAGGGAACUCUCUCCCUGCGCCAGGUCCUUCGGCCAGAGCUUUUUCCAUGUGGAGGCUCUUUCAAUGGACGUGUCCCCGCGUGCUUCUUAGACGGUCUGCGGUCUCCUAAAGGUCGACCAUGGUGGCCGGGACCCGCUGUCUUCUAGCGUUGCUGCUUCCCCAGGUCCUCCUGGGCGGCGCGGCCAGCCUCAUCCCCGAGCUGGGCCGGAGGAAGUUCGCGGCGUCGGCCGGCCGCUCCUCGUCCCAGCCGCCCUCGGACGACGUCCUGAGCGAGUUCGAGCUGCGGCUGCUCAGCAUGUUCGGCCUGAAGCAGAGACCCACCCCCAGCAGGGACGCAGUGGUGCCCCCCUACAUGCUGGACCUGUACCGCCGGCACUCGGGCCAGCCGGGCGCGCCCGCCCCGGACCACCGGCUGGAGAGGGCAGCCAGCCUCGCCAACACCGUGCGCAGCUUCCACCACGAAGAAUCUUUGGAAGAACUUCCUGAAACGAGUGGGAAAACCACCCGGCGAUUCUUCUUCAACUUAACGUCCAUUCCCACCGAGGAGUUUAUCACCUCCGCCGAACUCCAGGUUUUCCGGGAACAGAUGCAGGAAACGUUGGAAAACAACAGCAGUUUCCAUCACCGAAUAAAUAUUUAUGAAAUCAUAAAGCCCGCAGCAGGCGGCUCGGAGCUCCCGGUGACCAGACUGUUGGACACCAGGCUGGUUAAUCAGAACGCCAGCCGGUGGGAGAGCUUCGACGUCACCCCCGCUGUGAUGAGGUGGACCGCGCAGGGACUGGCCAACCACGGCUUUGUGGUGGAGGUGGCCCACCUAGAGGAGAAGCCCGGCGUCUCCAGGAGGCACGUCAGGAUUAGCAGGUCUUUGCACCAAGACGAGCACAGCUGGUCCCAGAUCAGACCCUUGCUGGUGACUUUUGGCCACGAUGGGAAGGGCCAUCCUCUGCACAAGAGGGAGAAGCGUCAGGCGAAGCACAAGCAGCGCAAACGCCUCAAGUCCAGCUGCAAGCGGCACCCUUUGUACGUGGACUUCAGCGACGUGGGGUGGAAUGACUGGAUCGUGGCCCCCCCGGGGUACCACGCCUUUUACUGCCACGGGGAGUGCCCCUUCCCCCUGGCCGAUCACCUGAACUCUACGAACCACGCCAUUGUGCAGACGUUGGUCAACUCCGUGAACUCUAAGAUUCCCAAGGCGUGCUGCGUCCCCACGGAACUGAGUGCCAUCUCCAUGCUGUACCUUGACGAAAAUGAAAAGGUCGUAUUAAAGAACUACCAGGACAUGGUUGUGGAGGGUUGCGGGUGUCGUUAGCACAGCAAAAUAAAAAUAAAUAUAUAUAUAUAAAUAUAUAUAUUUUAGGAAAAAAGGAAAAAAAAAAAAACCCAAGUUGACACUUUAAUAUUUCCCAAUGAAGACUUUAUUUAUGGAAUGGAAUGGAGAGAGAGAGAAAAAAAAAAAAAAAAAACCACACAGCUAUUUUGAAAAAUAUAUUUAUAUCUACGAAAAGAAGUUGGGAAAACAAAUAUUUUAAUCAGAGAAUUAUUCCUUAAAGAUUUUAAAAAAUGUAUUUAGUUGUACAUUUUAUAUGGGUUCAACCCCCAGCACAUGAAGUAUAAUGGUCAGAUUUAUUUUGUAUUUAUUUACUAUUAUAACCACUUUUUAGGAAAAAUAGCUAAUUUGUAUUUAUAUGUAAUCAAAAGAAGUAUUGGGUUUGUACAUAAUUUUCCAAAAAAAAUUGUAGUUGUUUUCAGUUGUGUGUAUUUAAGAUGAAAAGUCUACAUGGAAGGUUACUCUGGCAAAGUGCUUAGCACAUUUGCUUUUUUGCAGUGCUACUGUUAAGGUCACAAGUUCAAGUCCAGAAAAAAAAAAAUGGAUAAUCUACUCUGCUGACUUUCAAGAUUAUUAUAUUAUUCAAUUCUCAGGAAUGUUGCAGAGUGGUUGUCCAGUCCAUGAGAACGUAAUGUCCUUAUUAGGUGGAAUAUUUGGAUAAGAACCAGACAACGCUGAUCUAAUAUAGAAACCCUCCCCCCCACCCCUCAAUUUGCAGAAAGGGUAAAAGCAGGACCAAUAGAAACAACUAGGAAAAUGAUAAACCUGCAGGAAAGUGAAUGAUGGUUUGUUGUUCUUCUUUCCUAAACUAGUGGUCCCUUCAAAGGGGCUGGUCUGGCCAAAGGAUUAAAUAAAACAUACGAUUUCUUCAUUAUUGA